ACAAUUUUUUAAAGUGUCAGUUUAAAAAUUGUCUUCAUUUUUAUUUUUUAAUAUUUUUUUAUUAAAAUAAAAAAUUAAAAAAAUUAAAAAAAUUAAUAUUAAAUCUACACUACCCCACACUUAAUUGUGCAUAUAUAAACUUUCACUUCACCAUCAUUGCUAUUUUUUUUUUCACUCACUGCCAUUCUCCCAUUUAAAAUUUCAAUGGAGUGUCUCUCCAUUUUUUUAUUUCCAUCUUUUCGCUUUUUUAUAUAAACUAUCCAUUAUUUUUAUAAUUUAAAGAAUAUUUAAUAAAAUAAUAUAAAUAAUUGAGAUAAAAAAGAAGAUUAAAAGAGAGAGAGGUUUCCCUCCCUAAAAAUGCUGGCCCCACUGUCACAUGUGCGCUUCUGCCCAUAUAUUGCUUGGGCGUCGUCAUCCCGUUGGUGGAUUGCUUAGCUUGGAGUCCAUUGACGAUCCAGCAUUUCUAUUCUCAGUAUGUCAGCUAAUUCACAGGGAAAUGGAGAAAGCAGAAGCAAGUUCCGUAACUAUACCAGCACAACUACUUCAAAGGGCUAUUUCACCUCAGUUUAGGAGGCCUUCCCUUCAUCUUCUUGAUGACCUACAAGAGCGAAGAGAUAAGUACCUAAGGGUAUGUGUUCCCCUUCACAAAGCAGCCAUGAAAGGUGAUUGGAAAGCAGCGAAGCACAUCUUAGAGAAAGAUUGGACUUUAGUUUCUGCUGCCAUAACCAUGCGGUGGGCGACAGUUCUCCAUGUAGCCGCCGGAGCGAACCGCACUCGAUUUGUCGAUGAGCUGGUGAAGAUUAUGUGUCCAAAAGACUUGGAAUUGCAAGACGUGAAUGGGAACACUGCAUUUUGCUUCGCUGCAGCAAUUGGGAAUUUGCAGAUUGUUCAGGUAAUGAAGAAAAAAAAUAAGAACUUGCCAACAAUAAGGGGUGGCGCAGGAAUCACCCCUCUUCACAUGGCUGCUUUACAAGGAAGAAGUGAAAUGGCAUGGUAUCUAUACUCUGAUAAAAUUGUUAAGGGUUUUGAAGAUAAUGACUGGAUCAUACUGUUAUUCUCCUGUGUCAACACUGGAAUCUAUGAUUUAGCCUUGGAGUUACUUAAGGAGAGGCCAGAUCUAGCUUUUAAGAGGGAUCAAGCUAAUGAGACGAUAUUGCAUAUAUUGGCUAGAAAGCCUUUAGGUUUGAAACAAGCUCACCAGCUUCGACUUGUAAAGCAUUUGUGGAGUAUAUUUCUUAUUCGAGACGACAAGGAGAUUUUGGGCAAUAUAAGGUUUCCUUCACAAGUAGUAUUUGACGCCGUAGAAGUUGGGAAUUUUGAGUUUCUAGCUGUGCUUACAAGUACCUAUCCUGAUUUAAUAUGGGAAGUUGAUGAAAGAAAUCGAAGCAUAAUUCACAUUGCCGUUUUGUAUCGUCAUGCUAAUAUCUUUAAUCUCAUACAAGACAUUGGCCCAAUCAAAGAUUUCAUUGUAAGUUUUUUGGAUAGCAGAGAUCAAAGCAAUUUAUUGCAUAUGGCUGCAAAAUUAGCACCGCUAGAUCGACUAAACUUAGUUUCUGGAGCAGCAUUUCAGAUGACCCUUGAGUUAUCGUGGUUUGAGGAGGUGAAAAAGAUAUCUCCACCAUCAUUCAUAGAGAUGAAGAAUGCAGAAGGCUUGACUCCUCACCAACUAUUCAUAAAAGAGCAUAAAGAGUUAUUGAGUGAAGCAGAAUCAUGGAUGAAGGGAAUAGCAAACUCUUGCAUGGUUAUUUCUACUCUUAUUGCUAUUGGAAUGUUUUAUGCUUCAUUCAAUAUACCAGGUGGCAUCAUUGACAAUACAAGAAUCCCUAAUUACUUGCGAAAAAGAUAUUUCCUGAUAUUUGGCAUGUCUAAUGCAUUUGCAAUGAUCUCAUCCUCGACCUCCACGGUCAUUUUCUUGUCCAUCCUCAUCUCAAGGCAUGCAGAGCAGGAUUUUCGCAAGUCACUACCAUUUAAAUUGAUGUCUGGAUUGGCUGCACUUAUCAUCUCCAUGAUAAGCAUGAUAAUAGCUUUUGGCAGUGCUUUCCUUGUGACUUAUUAUCAUGGUUUGAUCUGGGUUCCUGCCUUCAUUCCUGUUAUUGUCUUUGUACCUAUAUUUUUAUUUGCAUUUUGGCUAUUCCCAAUUUGGUCUGAUACAGUCUAUUCAAGCUACUUUUGUAGAACUGUUUUCCGGCCAAGUAAGCUUAUGUCUUACUAUGGUUCAAAAAAGCAUAUGCUUCCAGGCCCCCCCCCCCCCCCAAAAAAAAAAGCACAUGCUUUACUAAAGAGUAAAGUAGGCAAUUGUGAUGGAUCUCUUCCAGUAAUGUACUGACUUAGUCUAAUAUUAGUCUAAUAUCGU